AGUUCGCACUGUCAAAGGCACUGUUUUAUAGCAUUGGGUAAUGGAUAUUAUGGAUAAAUUAAAAUAAUUAAAUGGUACACCGAUCGAAGAAAUAGAAAUCGACGCGUAUCGUCACAGUUCCGAUUUGUUUGACCAUUUGUCUGGUUUGAACUGUUUAGAUGGCAUACGUCACGGUAGAUGCAGCUGCUGACAAAGUGACAACUGCUAGCCCGGCAAGCGGAGCCUACGUCGAAAACGUUACGUUGUACACCGACAUAUUCGACCCAAGGUAAACAGCGCGGUCCCCCAUUGUCACUGGAUUGUUCGAUGUCCUCUGAAAAUUCUAAAUCGUAAUAUUGCUACGCACGACUAGAAAUUUAAUGACAAUCAGGCCAUAUGGGUUGUUAUUAUACUGCCCUCCUGGCCGUCGGUUAGCGACAAACACUACACAGUUAUAAUGGUUAUCAUUAAUGCUAGAUAAAUUGCUAUGUUUAACUCAGAAUUGUUAUGAUAUUAUGGUCAGUGAUACAGAUUAUCAACAGUUAAAUAUUAAUGCAGAUACCAUGUUAGACAAUGAUUAUGAACCUGGUAAUUUAUUUUUAAAUUUUAUAUACACCAACAGCAAUGUUUCGGUAAAUGAACAGGAAAGAAAUAACUUUGAUGGCUAUGAAAACAAUGAAGUAGUGCAAGAAAUUUACGAAACUAUUGACACUGAUAUUAAUAUUGAGCAACCUAACAACAUUUGGGAUGAUAUUUCGAUUCGUUACUUAAUUUACUGUUGGAGUCAAUUGAGAGAUCAGUUUACAAACUGUUCAGAUAAAAAUAAGAAAGCACUAUGGGAACAUGUAUCAGAAAGUUUGGUUGAACAUGGUUUUUAUUUUGACGCACAGUCAUGUGACGUUAAAUGGCGUAGUCUUAAGAAAAUAUAUAUGUACAAUAAAACACGCAAUUCUAAAAAAGAUGGUAAUAAACAUCCAGUUACUUGGAACCAUUAUUCAGAAAUGGAUAAGGCCAUUAAAGGCAUUCCAUUCGAAAUUUCUGAUACUGAAAACGAUAAUAAUGAUGUUGAUGAUGAUAACAAUGGUGAAAAUGAAGAUGAUGACGACUUGGAAAGAGAAAAUACAGAUGAUGUUGGGGAAGAUGAAAAUGCUGAUUCAUCUAGAUAUGUUGAUAAAUAUCAGUGGACAAUUGAAUCAACUAGGCAAUUGAUUCGAUUGUAUGGUAAAGACAGAAAGAAAUUUUCAGUUGUUAAUCAAGGAGGAAAACAUUUAUUAUGGCAAGAUAUUGCCCAUCAGUUUUCGAAAUUAGGAUAUCAAUAUACAGCUAAUCAUUGUAACGAUAAAUGGCGUAAUUUAAAAAUGACCUAUAAAAAGAAUAAACAAAGAGCUAUUAAAUAUGGAAUAGAAUAUGUUAAAUGGACUUAUUUUAAAGAUAUGGACAACAUUUUUAAAAACACUCCAGAAGGAUCUCCAGAACUCAAUGAUAUAAUAACAGUAUCUUUAAUUGAUGAUGAUGAUGAUGAUGAUGAUGAACUUAAUGAAAUUAAAAAAGAAAGUGAAGCUUAUAAUAAUAUGAAUGUUGUUGAAGAAACUCGUGAAAAUAAUGAGGAAGAACUUGUUGAACUCCCUCCUAGUGAUAUAUGGACAGAACAAGCAACUAAAUGUUUGAUUGAGUUGUGGGGUCUUUAUCGUCCACGAUUCCUGAUGGCUGCACAAGGCAAAAAACGUUUACUUUGGGAUGAAAUAAGUGAUCAGUUACGUGAACGUGGUCACAAUUAUUCUGGUCUAGUAUGUGAUCGUAAAUGGCGUCUUUUAAAAGCGAACUACAUAAAAAGAAGAGAAAAAUACAAAAAAAUAGGAGUGAACAGUGUAAAGUGGCAAUACUACCACGAUUUAGAUAGGUUACUUGGUGUACCUGCUGAAAGUAUUUCCUGGAGUAUGGAUUCAACUAUGUGCUUGAUAGAUUGCUUUGAUAAUCAUAAAGAAAAGUUUAUGAAUGCAGCAACUGGCGAAAAGCUCUUGAUAUGGAAAAAAAUAUCAGAAGAAAUGUCUCAGAAUGGUUUUAAUUAUACUCCCAGAGCUUGUGACAAUAAGUGGCGUACACUGAAAAACCGUUAUAACAAAAAUAGAAUGCGAACAAAUAGAAAUAAAAAAGUAAUUUGGGUGUACUACAAUAAAAUUGAUUCUGUUCUUAGAGAAACUAACAAAAAGGUUGUAAAAGAAGAAAUAAAUAAUCCAUCAUACGAGGUUAAUGAGUUGGAUGAACACAAUUACAUCAAGACUUCUAAAUCAUGCUGUUCAAAUAAAACAAAUUGCAUUACUGAACUACAGACAACAUUUAGGUUGAGAAAUAAGGAAUUUGAUCAAAGAUUGAAGGAAAUGGAAGAAAAUCUAAUAAGCCGAGAAAAAGUGUUUGAAGGACUUCAACAGCAAAUGUUGGAUCAUCUGAAAAGGUCAAAUGAAUUAGAAACUCAAAAGUUGAGACUGUUGGAACAGUUAGUUUCAAGAUUACCACCCCAUAUCCCAUAAUUUAUUAACACA